AAGUGUCCUCAAUGUAACAGGAAAUGAACAAUGAAGGAUGUACGGAAAUUAUUUGCGUCUAGGAUUGUUGCUAUUGAUGGAGAAUCACAAAAGAGAAUUCAAUCUCUUGAAGCUAAGUGUAUCUCUCUUGAAAAGAAGAAUGCUGUUUUGAUUAAAAACAAAACUGAAUGGCGAAAAAAAGAAGCUGAACGGAAACAGAGAGAAGCCCUGUUGCAACAACAACUUCACCAGUUUAAGGAGAAAACAAACUCUUUGGAACGCUUAUUAGAUGUGCAGAGUAGGACAUCGGGACAUCCACCUUCAAUGGGAGGCUUUCAAGUAACAUCUCUUGGUAAUCCUUUUUCUGUCAUUCUUUUGAGGAAGAGACAUUCUCAUAGGGUUAAUGAUCUUAUCUUCUAA